AUGGAACCCGCUGAUGUCGAAACUUCUGGUGAUGCCGACAUCGUUGCCGCUUUGAGCUUAAAUGUGGUUAACGGUAUUUUGAAAAUUCUCAUAGACGAGUUCAAGCGGAAACGAGAGCGUGAGACGUCCAAUGAAUUACAAGUGCCCGAAGCUGCAGCCAAAAACUCGAAUGAUGAAGAUGAAGAAACGAUAGCAGUUCCGGCUAAAAAGACGCGCCAUGACACAGCUUUAGAGGAAAGAAAUAAAAGAGAAGGAUCAGAAGCUCCUGUUCGAGCACUGGCACAAAAAGUAGAAACAUUGAAAGUUGAGGGUAGCUUUGAUAUUCUUGAAGAGGAUUCAUCUGAAAUUAAAGAUAAUAUUACAGAGGCGCAACCCAUGAUCAUUUCCAAUGAUCUGGGUCCUGCUGCUUCUAAAAAACGCCAAGCAAGUGAACAUCUUAUAGAAAAUGAUUCCGAUCAGACGAAGAUCAUAAGUAAUACACCACGAAAGCUUUCACGCACUAAUUCCGAUGAAAAAAAAACCCAAGUUGAAAAUACGGAGAAAGUUGCAACUAUAAAAGAGAAAAAUCAAACUGACAAAGAAGACUCUCAAAAUAAUGACACAUCACCGGAAAAUACAUUAGAAUCGAAUGAAUCUAAGACAAACGCUGCUUGUCCAGAAAAAUCACCGUCCCCUGCAACAAAAAUACCUCAGGGUGGCAAUGCUUUCCCUAAACUUUCCAUUCCUACUAAUCCAACGUCGAUUUUCGGAACUACAACUUCACUUUCAAGAUCAACUUCUUUUGGAGUCACAAGCCAGCUGGCUAUAUCACCAACCUCAAACUCUUCCUUUGCAACGAUAACUUCACCCAGUACUUUUAAAGCUUUCGGAUCAACAAGUUUUAGUUCCUCUUCGUUGUCCCCGUCAACCUCAAGUCCCAAGACCACAACACCAUUUUUAAGGUUUGGUGUGCCAGACGCAAAAUCUGAAAAGUCAUUCAGUGCAUUGCUUGCAACAUCACCAACCACCGCAACUAAUGAACAUCAUUCUAAAGAUAAGGAAGGAGAAAUAUUUGGAACCUCUUCAAAACCAUUACUUUUAGAAAAAGAAGUUAAGACAGGGGAAGAGGAUGAAGAUACCCUGUUUGCAUCGAGAGCCAAAUUAUAUUGGAUGGAUGAACAACAUAACUGGAAAGAACGUGGUGUUGGACAAAUCAAACUCAAUGUAAAAUCAAACACCAUGAAAUCUCCACGUCUCGUAAUGAGAGCCGACGUUGUUUUUCGCCUUAUACUCAAUGUCUCACUAUUUGAGAAAAUGCCAGUUCAACUUGCACAAGAAAAUUUUGUGCGCAUAACGGCUAUUGAGGAUAAUAAACCUGUCACAUAUGCAAUUAAGUUAAAUAAUGCGAAUGUAGCUCAAGAGCUUUACGAGGCGAUAUUAAGCUGCAUAAAAGUAUCACAAUCGUCAAGUAAAUCAUCUUUAGAAAAAUCGAAAACCGAAGAAACUUCCACCACCACCACGACGACGACGACAACAACUAAUACUACUGAAAAAGAUGAACAGCCGCAACCCGAUGAAAAGCUGCUACCCAAUGAAAAGUUGCAGCCCGAUGAAAAGUUGCAACCCGAUGAAAAGUUGCAACCAUCACAACUAAAUUCACAUCAAGUUAAAGAACAAGGACAAUCAUAA